CCAGUUGCCCUUUUUCCCUCGCUAGGGUUUUGAAACAGGGGUCUCUUCGUCCUCCCCAAUUUUCGAACCUCAAUCCCAAAACCAGCCCACAGUAACCACAACAAUGGCGUUCGCGUCGUUGUUCUCUACGCCGCAGCCACAACAGCAGCAGCAGCAGCAAUCGCCGUUUCAAACUCAACAGCCCUCACAGCCCUUUCUGCAAAGCAGCUCUUUCUUCUCCCAACAACCACCGCAGCAGCAGCAGCAACAGACGCCGCUGUUUCAACAGCCGCAAUUCCAGCAGCAGCAGCCGCUGUUUCAACAGCCGCAAUUUCAGCAACAGCAGCAGCAACAACCGCAGCAGCAGCAGCCACAACAGCAAUUGUAUUUGUUUACCAAUGACAAGACUCCGGCGAGUUAUGGUACCAAGUGGGCGGAUCUCCAUCCGGAUUCCCAGAAAAUUCUUCUGCAGAUUGAGGAACGGAUACUGGGGUAUAGGGAUGAAAGCCAGCGGCUGGAUCAGUGUAGUCGUCUCUACGAUUCCUCCAUUUCCAAUGAUGCUUUCGAGCAUGACGCAAGUCGUAUUCUUCAGGAACUUGGGGGAAUUGGUACUUCCAUGGACCGACAGAAAGCUCUUUUGCAGGAGUUGAUGGCUAUUGUGAAAGACAUGUUGCGGAACAGCGAGGUUGCUGUUCGUUCUUUUAUGAUUUUACGCCCAAGGUUUCUUCAUCUGAAUGCAGGAAGUACUUCAAAUGCCACUGCCCCAUCACAAGCUCCUGGAGCAACAGUACCACCAGGUUCAAGUAGUCAACUAACAACUAGUUCUAUAGUGCCAGUUUUUGAUUUCUACAACGGGAUUCCGAGGAAACCAUCUCCGUUCCUACAGCAAACAAUUGCAAGAUUUGAGAAGUAUCUUGUUGAGUGUCGCCAGUGGAUUGAGGAAUUAGAGCAGCUGCUUCUAGACUCUGAGAGGAACCCAGUCAAUGAUAGAUCCUCGUUGUUGCAGUCUCUUCCAAAAGUCAUGUCAAAUGUGCAUGAUUUUUUCGUUCACGUGGCAGCUAAGGUGGAGAGUAUUCAUCAGUACGUUGUGUCCAUGAAAACAGCUUAUCUUGUUAAUGAGCGCCGCCAAGGGUAUGGGAACGAUCCAUUUCUCGAGGCUGAUCGGCGGGAAACAGCUAGGCAAGAAGCUGCUGCUAAGAGGGUGCAUCCAACUUUGCAUUUACCUGCAACGUUGCAACCAUCAACACAAGUUGCUGGAUUGUUUGCUAGUUCAGGAACCCCUGGGACAUCUACCACCCCACAGACGUCUGCUGCAGCUACCAUUACAGCUUCAUCUGGGAGUGGACUUUUCAGUACCCCUUCUGCUUCAUCUGCUCCAGUGUCUUCCUCUCUAUUUGCUACACCACCCACUACGGGUCCUGCAUCUUCUCUUUUUGCAACGCCAUUUUCUACGCCCCAGGCAUCACUGUUUAGUUCUUCAUCAGCAUUUGGACCUGCUUCAACUCCCUCUCUGUUUCCCAAUCCUGCUCCAGGCUUUGGUUCUACUCCAACUAUUGGAAGUUCAUUAUUUACUUCAGGUAGUGCUGGAUCAGGGCUGAAUUCUAGCUUUACUGCAAUGAAAUCAGCAAAGCCGAAAAGUCGAAGUAGCCGCCGUUAGCUACAGCUACGGCUGUUUCAGGGUCAAGAAAUCUGGAGGAAAGCAGCAAAGUAUGUGUUUUUUAAGUGUCAACAAUUGUUCUCUUUGCUCAACGCGACUUGCGUGCGGCUUCUUUUGCUGUGGAGUUGAUGGAUCUCCAAAAAGUUUCACUGAAUCCAUGUCCCAAGAGGAUCAAAAUUUCGUUCGGAAUGCUACUCCGGCAUGUCAUCUGAAUACUCGCCUUCUAGCUGCAGUUGUCUUUUCCUGUUGGUAGCUGACAUGCCGUUGCUGUUUUGUGACGUUGCAACGUGAGGUUAAAACAUCCGUCCGGCUCACAGAAAAAUUUAGGGAAGAAUUUA